UUUACAUUCGUUCCGCGGCACGAUCACCACAUACAGUUCUCGAAAAUAAUAAAAUGUCACCCUAUAUGUUAUCAUUUUUAAUUGUGUCUGCUCUUGUAGCUACUACUCAAGGUGCCCAAGUCCAACCAAGUAACUAUGAUAUAAGCAGAAAUAAAAUAUCAACUAGCAGGAACGGCGCUGGCUUCGGACAAUAUCCUGGGCAAUAUCCGGGACACGGACAAUAUCCUGGACAGUACCCCGGCCAGUACCCCGGAAAUGGGUUGUAUCCAGGGCAAAACCCGGGCCUUCAGGGUCCGCCGGGCGCUCACCCGGGCUGCCCGCUUUGCGACUCUUCCGUCUACAGUUAUUGCUCCCACAAACAAGUACAUGACUCGUGCUGUUGUGAAAACCAAGCUUAUCUUCCAUUCUCCUGCCGCAAAACGGACUGCAACUUCAUCUACGCGAACUCUUGCCAAGAAUACCACUUGAUCACGAAUUGCUGCUGUGUGGAUCUUCAGAAGAGUGCGCCAGUGCAAGCUGUUGUACCAGCUGUAGUUGUUUAGACACUUAAAAACGUAUUGUGCAGUUAUUGUACGGAAGUUAUCUCUAUAUACUUUGCACCAAUUUAAUUUGCCUUGAAAAAUUUAAAAGCAAAAUUUACCAUGAUGAUGGUUUGCCUUAAAGUGUACUAGGCGUAUAGAAAUAAAACGAAUGCCCUCUUUUGUUUAGGCAAAAUAAAUGUAGAAUUACUCUCAGACUAGGAAUCUGUAAUGUCAUUAACUGCACGGUGUCUUUUUACUUAAGUUAAAUCUAAGUUAAAAUAAACCUAGC